AUGGCUGUGGUUUCGCGACAGAUGGUGAAAUGGGAGACUGCUCAGGAUGGCUUGGACAAUCUGUACAGAUCCACUUGCCCAAUUCCCAUCCCGGGCGAGGACGAAGUGCUGGUCAAGGUUCAUGCAGUGUCUCUGAAUUAUCGAGACACCGAAGUCGCAAUGGGUCUUUAUACUCACCACAAAACAAUUGGAGCCAGUCCAAAUGUUGUCCCCUGCUCUGACAUGUGUGGCAUUGUGGUUGGGUUGGGAAAUUCCAAACGAAGCGCCUGGAACCUCGGAGACCGUGUUCUUUCCAUUUUCAAUCAGACACAUCUGACCGGUCAGAUCAAAGAGAAGGACAUGGCCUUUGGGCUUGGCCUGCCUCUUGAUGGUGUACUUCAGCAAUACCGAGUCUUUCCUGUGACGGGGUUGGUCAGAGCGCCUGAUUAUUUGAAUAAUGAGGAAGCCUCCACUCUGCCUAUUGCAGCACUUACGGCAUGGAUGGCUAUCAACGGAUCGAGGCCCAUCAACUCUCCAGGUGGGCAUGGAGAGACAAUUCUGCUACAAGGCACCGGUGGAGUUUCCAUAGGUGGCCUACAGAUUGCGCAUGCAGUUGGUGCAAGGACAAUCAUAACUUCCUCUUCCGAUGCCAAACUUUCUCGUGCUGAGGCAUUGGGAGCCACGUUCACUAUCAACUACCGCAAGAGUCCGGACUGGCAGAAUGUUGUGAUGAACUUGACCAACGGCGAAGGUGUCGACAUCAUAUUUGAGACCGGAGGUGCGCAGACGCUGAGGAAAUCUUUUGAUUGCAUCUCAUUUGGAGGUAUCAUCAAUUGCAUCGGUUAUUUAAGUGGGAAGCAAGACGAAACUGCCGACCGCACCAAUACGAAUGUUCUGGCGCUGCGACGCAAUGUUACGCUCAAAGGAAUCAUCAAUGGGUCCAAAGACAGAUUCGAAGAGAUGUUGCGCUUCUACGAGUCGAAGAAGAUCAGGCCUGUGGUCGACAAAGUGUUCCCCUUCGAUGCAGCCAAAGAAGCAUUCCAGUACUUGUACGGAGGUGGGCACUUUGGCAAGGUUGUCAUACGGGUAUGGCUCUUAUUCGACCACGGGCAUGCUUUGAGGUUUGACGGAUUAACCCAGCUCGCGCACCUAAUCCGCAUCCAUCAUACAUCUGAAGCUCUUCAAGAAAUAUGUCAGAACCUACAAACACUGAUCGUGCUGGCGCAAACGCUGGCCAGUCGUGCCGCGAAUGUCGUCGUCGCAAAGGACGUUGUGAUGGCAGGAUGCCAGCACUUGACAGAGGUUGAAGAGCGGUUGGAAAAAGCAGAAGCACUGUUGAAGACCUUUUUCACCGAUGCUGAACUGUCGCAAAUGCUUGUUCAUGGUAUCACUAACAAACUCGAUGUCCCACCGAGGCCUGCAACGGACACGACGACGAGUACUGCUUCCCAGGCAGCCACAUCAGGCUUCCCACCUGGGACCUCAACCGCGUUGCCAGCACUGGGCUCUGCGCACCGCCAACAGAAGCGUUCUCAAUCUUUCUCCACGAUUGGCGGGGACCCAGAUCAUAAGGUCAAUUUGAGCUAUCUCGAAUCUCCCGUAGACUCAACGUCCAAUGUCGCCGACAAUUCCACUUUUCCACUAGAGAAUCUCUCAGCUGCCGACGACGAUUUUGAAUGGGAUGAGCGGGAAUCUUCUUGGAAUAUUGCGGACCCUCGUGCAGGCAACUCUGCUUUUGGAGGGGAUGUCGACGCUGAAAUCCCUAAAAUCACGGACGGUAUGGCCACGUUGACUGCUGAUGACUCAAAUGCUGGCUUCCUAGGAUCAGUCUCAGGUUCUGCUCUUCUGCGGCUCAUAUGGAUGAGCACGGGCGCCGACGAUAAGGCCGAAGGCAAAAGCGAACGGCGUGAAAGCCUAGAGCAACUCUUCAGCCAUCGCUCGAAUGAUUAUCCGGCGACGACUACGCCGUGGCUACGAGCGCAGCCUCUGCUUACUCGAGCGGUGGUCGACACUCUCAUCGACGCCUACUUCGCUCUAUAUCACCCGACCUUCCCCAUCCUCCACGAAGUUACGUUCCGGGAACAGUAUGCGAAGCUCAAUGGCCGUACCAGCGGGAACACAUGGCACACCCUGGCUAACCUCGUUGCGGCUCUCGGGUCCUUCGUGUCGAGUACCUGCUCCGACGAUACCCACGCCACUCUUUUCAACGGCGUGAAGGCGAACUUGUCUAUUAAUUCCUUGGAGACUGGGAGUCUCAGUCUUGUCCAGGCAUUUGCGAUGGCCGCAAACUACCUGCAAAAGAGAAACAGACCAAACAGUGGCUACAACUACGGGGGCAUUGCGCUACGGCUCGCAAUAUCACUGGGCCUCCAUAAGGAGUUUCGGGGAUGGCAGACUGCCCCAUUUCGAAAGGAAAUCCGAAGGAGGAUUUGGUGGUCGCUUUGUGUGCUGGACGUCGGUGCAACCGUAACCUAUGGCAGGCCUUUGAACUGGCCUCAGGUAGGAGUCGACAUCCCGUUUCCGCUGAAUAUACAAGAAAAGGACCUUCAAUUGGACUCACCCACAUACCCAACCGAAGUCAAUGAGACCACAAUCUACACCUAUGUUCGCACUCAGUCAUCCUAUCAUCUCCACACCAUCAGAAUCUAUAACCGCCUCAUCUCCAAUCCCAUCCCUUCUGCCGCAGAGUUGAUCUCUCUCGAUGACGAGCUGAUUGAAGGCUGGCUCAGCAGCCUCCCGCCAUACUACCGGGAUGAUAAUUUACCACUUCCUAAUCAGUAUCUCCUUGGCCAUGCAAUCAGCCGCUGGCGCUUUCGAAUCAUGCGCAUCAUCAUGUAUCGCCCGUUUUUGAUUCGAUGGGCAGAGGACGGCUUAGACGUCGCUACCGCGACACCUAUGUCACCCUUGCAGGGUGCAUCCGCUGAAACAAUUGCUACCAAGCGAUGCUUCAAGGCUGCCGAGGAAUGCAUUUCAGCCAUCUUUCAAUUUUGGUCUUCCGGAACUCACACUAGGCUCGCGGCUUGGUACGUCUUAUAUUUCCUUCUCCAGGCCGCUUUAAUACCAAUCCACUGUCUGCGACGCAAUCCAAGCCACCCAGACGCCAGCUCAUGGAGGAAUCAAGUCCUGACAGCCCUGAGCAUAAUUGACGCAAUGAAUGAUCUGAAUCCAAGCGCCCCAAAGUGUCGAGAUAUCAUUUACCGCCUUUGUGGCGAGAAUCUUACCUCCAAACCUCAAACUCAAUCACAGCAACCCCGCCCACAGUCCCACAUGCAGAGCCAGCAAGACACGACCACCCCAUGGACGACCUUUUCCAACGCUGAUGCCAACUUCAGCAGCCAUUUCUUUCCCUUCUCGAGUUCUGAUUCUACUGACACAGGUAUGAAUCCCUGGAUGACCGAGAUCGAUACAGCCAUCGACGGAUACGAUAUUUACUGCGACCGUCUGAGCCACGCGGCAAUGGCCGGGAUGGGCCGCUUAAGCAACGCCGGUGAAGCCGGACCAUCAGGCGGUUUCGCGAGUAAUGACGGGACACAAAUUGGAACAGGGGUGCAGGACUGGGAUUGGGGGUUGAUGCUGUAG